CGAAAGGUGUCGCAUACACGCACUCGAUUUGAGAGCUCUCUCCUGUGAGAAAAACAUUUCACACUCUGUUAUGGACGUCUUCGCCGUCAUCAGUUAGAUUCAGACGAAGUCGACCUCUGCUGGUCAAGGAGACCAGAGGUGUAUCUAAUAAGCCAGCGAGUCCGUGUUUUAUCGGGGUACAAGGUGAAGGCCGGUAAUCGAAGUUGUUUUGAAAGUUUUCACGGUACAUCAUUUAAUCGCCCUGAAGAUCCACAGGCAGUCAUGUCCCGCCGCAGCUCCCGGCUGAUGUCCGGCCGCUACUACAACUCCGAUGAGGAGUCGGACUCCAGCAGCGUGACCAACAUCUCGUACCGGGAGGUGCCUGUCAAGGUCUUCAAGAAGAAGGCAGGAGCCCGAAAGUCUGGCCCUCGUACGCCCAAGAGGACCAACAGCAAUGGUGGGACGGCCGGCGCUGAGUCCCCUGUGGCGACAGACGCCGUGGUCUCUCCGGCGGCUGAGCCAUGUGACCCGAUCAUGAGGACCGUGCCCUACACCACGGUCACACCUCGGCCCGCUCUGACCCAUUCGCCCAGCCGCGGUCAGACGCCCUCCCCCGCUGUACCGGAAACUAACUUCCGGCCGAGCCCAAAGCUUCCGUGUCAGAGCAGCGUGGACAGCUCCGGCUACUCGUCCUCAGAAGGAACCUACCAGAAGCCCAAACCCAUCGGUCGGCCCAGCGGCGCAGCUCCGAGCCCCGGGUACAGCAGGCGGCUCGCCGGUGCCGUUGAUCAUCUGCUGGCUCUCUCUCUGGAACGCAUGUUACCAGCGGCAGCAGCAGUGAGGUCCAAGUGGACCCAAGUCUCCGCUUUAGCCAGCGACCCUUCAGUGCGAAGACUCCUGAAGAAGAUCUGGAUCUCCUGUGUCUUCCUGAUCCUCCUCAUCCUCUGUCUGUGGUUCCUCUCCCACCUGUUGUCCUCUGCCAUCUCCCGAAUGUACCUCACAAACACCACGUCACAGAGCAGACUCGCCUCUGCACCUGUUGCUCCAGCCAUGCCUGCUCCUCCUGCUCCCCUCCUGGAAGUCACACGCUCACAACGGGUGGAUCCGGCCGUGGUGUCGACCGCAGUGGACCACAAGAUGCAGCAGGUUCUGGAGACGCUGCAAAUGAAGCAGGAGCAAGUUCUGCUGCAGAUGAAGCAGCAACUGGAUGUGGACCUUCAGAUCAUGAAGGCCAAGCUGGACGCCGCCGCCUCCAGUGGUCUCCUGCAUCUGGAGAAGGAAGUUGCCCAACUGGGUCACCAGCUGAGCCAGUACCAGGCAGCAGGCCACGCCACAGCCGACGCUCUCGUCGGCCGGAUCCAGGAUCUGGAGGCCCAAAACAGCAAGCUGUCGCAGGAGUUGUCCGUCAUCCGCCAGGCGCCACCUGCUGAAGCCAGCACGCCGGCAGUCCAGACCCAGCUCACGCCGGAGCUCCAGCACGCCGUGGAGAAAUGGCUGACCGACCGAAUGAACAGUGACAAAACGUUUGGGGGCGGAGACGCCUGCGAGGACUGCAGGAAGCCUCGGGCUGACAAGAUGGCCGAUUUCGCUCUGGAGAGUCAAGGUGCCAGCGUCCUCAGCACCCGCUGUUCGGAAACCUACCGCGUCCGUUCAGCAUGCGUGAGCCUGUUUGGACUGCCCCUGUGGUACCCCACCGAGAGCCCCCGCACCGUCAUCCAGGGCUUCCCGGUGCUGCUCCCGGGGAAGUGUUGGGCAUUUCACGGCGUUCAGGGGACCCUGGUCAUCUCCCUGUCUCACCCCAUCCGAGUCACUCACGUGACUUUGGACCACCUGCCGCGCUACAAUUCCCCCAACGGUCGCAUCGAGUCAGCACCCAGAGACUUCGAGGUCUAUGGGAUGACGUACGAUACGGGCCCAGGCACGCUGCUGGGAACCUUCACCUACGAUCAAGACGGCGAGUCAUCGCAGACGUUUGAGCUGCCGAAUCCCAGCGACGUGGUCUACCGGGUGGUGGAGCUGCGGGUCCUCAGCAACUGGGGUCAAGUGGAAUACACCUGUCUGUACCGCUUCCGUGUGCACGGGAAGAUGGCGUGAGACCGACACGUGACUGAAGCCAAACAGAGACACACACUGAGCGUCACGUAAAACCCUGUUUAAAUUAUGGUCUAGUCAUUCAUGAAGUGUCGGCUCACAGAGCCCUCGACCCACAGAUCGACAAUUGUUCUGGAGAAAAUAUGCAACAUUUUUAACAACUGUGCCUCUCGACAUGUUCCGUGUCCAUGCUUCAAUGUGUUCUACAUUACAAAUAUGUCCGCCUCGCUGAUAGAGCUCAGAUAAAACAGAGCAACAAGGAGCACAAAAAUGGCCUCAGUCCUUUGCUAAUCCAAAGCGACGACAAAGCAUUUCAAGAAGCUUUGAACUGAACCCAACUCAUCUCAGCAAGACUUUUUUUGUGGUUUUAGCGCCCCCUACGGAUCAUUUUAUUCCCAUGUUAAUGUUUUACUAUGGCAGGCACUUGAGUGUGUUGGCGUGUUUUUGAACCUGCAGCGUCCAUCCUGCGCAGGCCGAGCUCGGUUGAACCUUGCUCCCUUUCAAAGAACUGAGCCGUCGUAGCUGGGACGUUAGCACCGCCAAAAAUAUUGUAUAUUACGGACUAUGGAGCGCACCGGAAUAUAAGCCCCACCCACUGAAUUUAAGAAGGAAAUGGAGGCUCAAUAUUUUGGCAGCAUAACACGCAAUAGAAAUCCACAUAUCAGCCUUGUCGUCGUAUCGCCUGCAGGGUUUCAUCCUGUAGUCUGGAAUUCACGCUCUUCUUUGCUUCUAACGGAGUAUUGAAGUAUUUCCUUGACCUCCGUCAGUGCCGCGGCGGAGUUGUGUGUCGAUUCUGUGGUCCUAAUUUUCCACUGUUAUCCGAGCAGAUUUGUCUUAACAUUUCUCCUCAAUGGAUGAACAUGGUUCUUUCACAUUCCAGGUGCAGGUAAAACAGUGGGGCCCCUUUAAAAAAACAAUGGCCUCAACCAAACCAACCUUGUACUCACCAGCAGAUGCUGGCAAAUUCAUACAUUGCUUCGUUGCUUCAAUGUCGCUUCCCAGUGAGGCACUUCUUCUGCGGCAGUAUUCAAUGUUGCUUUGGACCGCGAGGCGGAGCCAGGUGUCCUGUUUCCGCACAGACAUGCCGUUUAUUUGACAGAAAAAAAAACACAUUGAAGACGCAGUCGUGUUUGUUUGUUUGGUCUGAGGGAGGAUGUCGAACUGAGAAUAUUCAGGUGUGACUCAUGCUUGAGUCUUGAGUCUUGCUGGUUUGUCAUUCAUGUCUCAGCAGGUCUCAGCAUCUUUGCACUAGACGUCAGUCCAGGGGAACUUGAUGCUGCGCAGAAAACACGCAGUAAUGAGAUCAAAUAUUGAUAAUAUUUAACUAAAAAGCUUGGCUAGUGUUUGUGAGGGGAAAAAGUUGACAAAUUUGACUUCAUGUGAUGUAGGUGCAGGUCACAUGAUUUGGUUUUGGAGGGUAAAUUAAUGUUUUUUUUUUUAAUUCAGUUUUGAUAAUAUUUAAUAUUUCACUGAUGAAGUUUGUAUUUUUGCUCUGUUGCCUAAUUAAAUAAAGUUUGUUGCCAACACGUACA